AUGAGUUCGUAUGUCUCAGGCAAACUCGUUGUCUGUGGUCUGCUUUACCUGAUCUAUCUGUUAAUCAAGUACCGUGAUCGUGCCAUCGGUACUUCCAAAAGGAAAGAUCCCUCAUUCACCGAGUUACCUGGAUGGCCAUUGCUUGGCCAGUUACCCAACAUGCUCAAAAGUAGGAGUCGAAUUCUAGAAGCGAGUACCAUGACGAGCUUGAAAGUCGGGCCUGGCUUCAGUUUCACUAUUCCUGGCAACAGGGUGAUCGAUAUCAGCAAGCCAGAAUGGCUUGAAUAUGUCCAAAAGACCAAUGUCAAGAACUAUGCUAAGGGUCCUUUGCGAAAAGAUAUAAUGCUGGAUGUCUUGGGACGAGGGAUUUUCGUGGUGGAUGAUGCGCUUUGGAAAAGAGCUCGACACGCAACCGUUUCAAUCUUUACUCCCUCCACAUUCAAGACCAUCAUUUCGCCUUCUGUCAAUCAAAGCAUAGAUGGUCUUACUCAAGUCUUGUGCUCCGCUCAUAAAGAAAACCGUACGGUCGACAUUUGCGAUCUAUUCUUUCGGUUCACCUUGGACUCGUUUAUACGAAUGACAUUUGGCAAAGAUCUUGGUAUCCUUGGUGCCGAAUAUGGCAGUCACUCAGAAUCAUCAGCCCCUGAAUUUGCGAGGGCGUUUGAUGUUGCACAGGAUCAGUUGGACUUCAGAUUAGCGAUGGUGGUGGGAUGGGAGUUGAUUGAAAGGCUCAAUGUCAGGUCGAUGGGACAGAGGAUGAAAGAGUCAUGCCGUAUCCUGGACGAAUUUGUAUACUCCUUGAUUGAUGAACGAUUGGCGAACUUGUCUCACAAAUCUGAUUUUCAGGACCAAGAUCCGUCGCAUCCUGACUUGUUGAGUCUCUUCAUCACUACGCGUGACGAGCGUGGUGGCGGCUUGACACGAACUGAGCUCAGGGACACCGCCAUGAAUCUCAUCAUUGCCGGUCGCGAUACCACCGCACAAGCACUCUCCUGGGCCUUCUUCCAUCUAUUGAUGAAUAAGGAGCUGGUUUCUAAAAUUCGCAAAGAGACAAUCGAAGUUUUGGGGGGCGAUCAAGAAAGCGUAACAUACGAUAAUUAUAAACGAUUUGUUUGGCCUCAGGCAGUCUUACAUGAAACCCUCAGAUUGCAUCCCAGUGUGCCAAAGAAUGCAAUUGUUGCAUUGUCCGAUGAUAAGAUUCCUGGUGGACCUACCAUCGAGGCUGGCAAUCUGAUUCGAUGGAGUGAUUGGCAAAUGGGUCGAGAUCCUUCUGUAUGGGGCGCUGACUGUGGGGAGUUUAAGCCAGAGCGUUGGAUCGAUGAAGCAGGUAGCAUCAGACAGUUUGGACAAUUUAAGUUUCACGCUUUCAAUGGUGGACCGAGGGUCUGUUUAGGGAUCAACCUGGCGAUCUUUGAAGCUGUUAAAGUCAUGGUCGAAGUUCUGAGAGAUUUUGAAUUGGAAUUUGCCGAGGGUUGGCUAGAAAAUGUUCCAAAAAGCGUAACAAUAGACGGCUUGACCAGUCAAUAUCAAACUCCGAUGUACAAAUCAUCAAUAACCUUACCGAUGGAAAAUCCUAUGAUGAUUGCAGUCAAACGUCGUUAA